AUGCCUGGCGUCAAACCAAAAGGGCGAUUGGAAAAGUCAUCCCCAUGGCAAUGCAUUGUUGUUUUCAUGGCUUUCGAAAGGCAGGUAGCUGAUACCAUUGCAAUUCGACUUAGAAACCAUUGCAUAAUGGUUACACGAGUCCUUGCAUCCCGCGUCCGGUCAACCGUUAACAAGCCGCAUACGGUUUCUCUCCCCAAUGUCCCAGAGAAGCAGCCCCCCGCUGAACCCCGCAAAAUUGUUGUGGAGUGGGUAGACAAAUUCCGCGCAUCACUGGCUCAGGCAAAUGUGUCCGAUUUACAAAAGCUCUUUCUCACAGAUGCAUGGCUGCGCGAUAUGGUUGUUCUCUCGUGGGACCUUCGCACCAUCAACGGUGCUUACAAGGUAGCUGCGUACUUCCAAGAGAAUCUGGGGAGAGCAAAGUUCGAAAAAUUUCACCCUAGGGAAUCUGGGCAGUUCGAACCGCAGUUUAAAACAGUUAAACCGGGAUUACAAUGGAUUGAGACUAUGUUCGAUUUUGAAACUGAGACGGGAAAAGGUCCUGGGAUGCUUUGGCUUGUCCGCGAUAGCGAUGAUAUUUGGAAGGCGUAUAUGCUCGGUUUCGUCCUGCAGGUGGUAAAGGGAUAUGAAGAAAUAUCUGGCCUCAAUCGCCCUAAUAAAGGAUCAGAUGCCAUCGUGGAUAAUCCUCGUCAGGAGAAGAGUUUCACUGAUAUUGAACCCACCGUUCUUGUCAUUGGAGCAGGACAGGCUGGGCUUAUGAUCGGUGCGAGGCUGGGUAAACUAGGUAUCCCGACCCUGAUCAUUGAGCGAAACUCCAGGGUCGGUGAUAACUGGCGCAAGCGAUACAGGACUUUGGUCACCCACGACCCGGUUCAAUAUUCUCAAAUGCCAUAUCUUCCAUUUCCAUCCGGUUGGCCCCUCUAUACGCCCAAAGACAAGCUAGCAGAUUGGCUAGAAACAUAUGCCAGAGGGAUGGAGCUCAAUGUAUGGACCAACACGGAGAUUGAAAAAAGCGAGUACGAUGAAAAGUCAAAGACGUGGUCGGUAAAAGUGCGUUCGAAUGAUUGUGUUAUUCGUACCGUAUAUCCACAUCACAUCGUCCUAGCCACCGGCCAUUCGGGAGAACCACUAAGGCCCAAUUUCCCCGGCAAAGAGAAGUUCAAGGGUGAAAUAUAUCAUAGCUCGCAAUAUAAUGAUGCCUCCGAGCACGCGGGCAUUAAGAGUAAGAAAGUUGUCGUCGUUGGUACUGGGAACAGCGGGCACGACAUUGCGCAAGACUUCUACGAGAACGGCGCAGAGGUAGCUAUGCUCCAGCGCCGCGGGACCUUCGUGAUCUCGCAGAAGCAUGGGGUUAAACAGAGUGAUGAGGGAAUUGAACAGUUUGACUCUGAUGGCCUGGUGCUCGCCGACGGAAAGAGAACAAAGCUUGCUGCUGAUAUCGUGGUGCUGGCCACAGGGUAUGAUAACAUGAAGAGCACCGCAAGAAAAAUUAUGGGAGAUAAGGUUGCUGACAAGCUUUAUUCCUCGUGGGGUUUGGAUGAAGAAGGGGAACUCAAUGCAAUGUGGCGCUACAGUGGCCAUCCUAAUUUCUGGAAUGGGAAAGCCCUAAGGAUACUAGUAUGA